AUGUCCAAGUAUUUGUCAGACUUGGACCACAGAGGGACUCGAUCGAACCAAAAUACUCAAUUGCCCUUGAUUGUGUUGGUUUUGAUUUGGACUCUAGAACUUCGCCAAGUAAAGAUUGUGUUUGGAGAGUGGUACGGAGUUGACACAAAAAGACAUAACGGUAGUACUGCUCUAUUGGAAAAUACUUUGGAGAACAAAGAUGACGACUUCCCUGUGAUAGGUUCUUUCGAUCGAGCUUCCGAUCCACAGGCUCAAGAACUUUUGCGACAUUCAAAUCUCCAAUUUCACAAACAUUAUGUCGAAGCAGUGAAAAAAUAUUACUAUAUAGAGGAGACUCCCGAUAAGGAUGGGGAAAUUGUUACCUAUCUUGGUGACAAGGACAUGAUUUUAAAAUGUAAUAUCAAGGAUUCAGUCAUACCUGAAGAAGAAAUUAUUGACGCUGAAGAUGAAGAGGAUGAAGAUUCCGAUCUGAAUAAGGGUUCUUCCUUUGAUGUGGAAUUUGUCAAAGUUCGCACCUCUUGGCUCGUUGGUGGCACCACUAGGAAGAUUCUCCCCCAAGAGUUUCAUAAACAAAUAUAUUCCGAUAGAUAUGAUCUUCUCAAUAGCAUCACAUCGUCUAAUAAUAUUCCGAGAUACAAUCAUUACUGUCCAAAAGUACUGAAAUGGAUACUAUCCAGAAAUACAAAAGGCGAUAAAGAAACUAUUCAACUUUGCCAACACCUUUACAGUACAAAGGGUGAUUUUACGAUCCGUGAUAAAUUUGAAUUGGCAUUGGAAGAAAAAAGUAUUGAAAAACAGAAAAUGUGGAAAUAUUCUUUCGUAUCAAGAUUUUUCUGUGAUCCAGAUAAUUCUUCAGACACCUUUGAACAAACCUUAGAUAGAUUUUGUAGGGCUGAAGAGGCAGAAGGAAAAAUUCGAGCUCCAGAUACAAGAAAUAAUAGAAAUAAAUUUCCAAAAAGAAUUUUUGGGCUAACGGUUCCCGGUUUUUCAUAG